UGCUUGUCAUGGCAGCUGGAAUUCGAAUGCAGAUCGUCAGAUUUGGCUGAUUUUUGUUAAGAGCCUUCCUCCUUCCUGUCAGUUUUCAUCCCUGAGCCCCCCACCACAGACUCUCUCCUCAAAUGGGGCAACCAGUGAUGCUGACUCUAAGAGAGAACAAGGACAUGAAGGGAUCCACCUGGGCUGUAGCCCCAGUCCUGACCUCUCUGGGCUACCUACACUUACUGCUGGUUUCCGUCUUCCCCUUCUGGGUGCGGCUCUUGAACGAGGAGUCCCGAGAAGUGUUUUUCAGUUUCCUGUUUGAGAACUGCUUCCGUAUCAGAUGCUGGAAGCCUCGACCCUUAUCGAGCAGGGCCCUCAGCUACAACCCUGGCCCCCUCCCCGCCUCUGCAGUCUAUAUCCUCCUGGGCUGCGUCUUCCUGCUCUCGGCAAUCAUCUUGGCUUUCUUCACCACCUUUCUCAUGGUGUCCUUUGCAUCUGAGCUCUUCCCAAGGACUGGGAAGCACAACGUGAUGUUAGCCUUCAUCAGCUUUCUCACAGGGGCCUGUGCCUUCCUGGCCUUGUUGCUUCAUGCCCUGGAAAUCCAAGAUCUGAGAAUGAAGCCCAGCCCACCACAGUUCUCCAUGCAGUGGCCUUACUACAUACUGGGUGUUGGCAUUCUCCUGUUCCUAGUGGCUGGUGCCAUCUGCCUCUUUCAAGACACAACCUACCUUUGCUGCCAUUUCUCUUACAUUUCCAAGGAUACCAAGGAGGUGCAGGGGACCCCCUAUCUGGAGAGGCUGGAGAGUCUGGGAGAACUGAGCUCUGUACAGAAGGAGACACUAAUGAAGGAAGAAACAGUCAUCUAGCCAGGAGAUGGGCUCUCCCUGCUUCCUCUUCUCCUCAUGCUCACAGCCAUCUGUCUUGAUUGUGACUGAAAUAUGUUAAAAAGGCUUUUAUCUUUUCUGAGCUUUCUGAGAUUUUUCUCUUCU